AUGGCCGCCGCGGAGCUGGUAUGCGAGACCAUCAAGGGAUGCCACACGGAUGCGAUGUCCAGGCUUGAAGGCCACGUCCGUGCCUGGAUGGAGCAGGACGCGCGUAUUGCGCGCGACCGCCUGCAGCAGCCCGCUCCCACUCCGCAGUCGCGCAACGACAUCCCCAAGGAGGCAGACACCCAGCCCGCCACGAACGCCGCCGAAGGCGGCAACGACGGAUGGUUCCGUCGUGUGCAGCCUGGUGUUGGCGCCGCUAACCUGGAUGCGGACGAGGAGGUGUGGGUUCGCGGCGACGCCGAGUACACCUUUGAUGGCGCGGAAUUCCUCGGCCAUCUCGUCGAGAUCCUCGCGAGUCGGGAAGUGGACCUACUGUUGUUUGAAGACCGACAACGCGUCAACAAGCGCAUGGCAGAGGGUCUUGGACAAACCGAAUAG